GGAGUGAAACUGGCCUGAUAGCUUUUUAUUCCAUGAAGAUGAACCUCACAGCAGUGAAUGCACAAUAAUGCAUUAUACAGGCACAAAUGGACACAAGAGAGGUUUAGCUGAAUCAGACUUUGGACUGAGCCUCAGUUGGCUGCACUAGGCUACACUCCCAGGCUUUGCGUCCAACUCCCAGGCCAGCCUCCCGUUAGAAAAACGUUGUCUUCCUUCCAAGUGGCUAACAAGCUGCUUCGAAUAUGUGACAUGUUUAUUAACAGAUGCAAAAGUGACCAUAGAUGACUCCUUAGGCUGGUUAGUACUGGAAUGUCAUCCUCACCCUCAUCCUCCAUGACUUUUAAAUGAAGCCAGACACAGAAGGGCCUCUUUGUCCCAUCUUCCACCCACCGUGGCAAUUUGCUGAGCUCCUGCUGGCUCUAGACAGAACUUUGCAUGCUCCAGUCCAGGUUUUGCAACAGUCGCAAUAUUUUGGCAGGAUAUUGUCUUAGGAGGUGGUACGAGUGGGGUGGGAUUCCCUCCUGCCGCAGUUUGCACACUCCAUGCCUUUGCAAAGCUGGAUGCGUUAACGUUUGUAGGCAGGAGGAGAAGAGCAGUGAUACAGGGGAAGCCGUCCGGGCGAAGAGGGGCUGGAGUCUGCCGCAUCAAAAACAGGAACUUAUUAAUGUGCAAAUUGCUUAGAUAUGAUCACAUUCUUCUUUUGCUCAGCAUAUCGAGAGAGCCGUGUGGGAUACAAACGAGCCCAGGCAAUCUCCGCAAGCAGGAAUUCAGCUCGGUAGAGGAGACAGAAUCGCUUCCCUCUGUGAAAUUUGGAAAACUAUUUGGUGCCUGGCUUUGGAAGAAGAAAGGAUUUGGGGUAGUUUUUUUUUUUUUUUUAAUCCAAACUGAAGGUACAAAAACUGGCAGAGGGAAAAACUUGUGUGGGGAAACUUUUUUCCCUGGUGGAAUGGAUGAUUGCGAUGAGUGCUGAAAUUGGAGUCUAACCAGAGUAGCAGAGAGAGUUUCUUCGGGCAGCAGCAAGCAACUGACAGCUCAGAGUGCCUUGGUGCAAGCAGACGACUCAAGUCGCUCCAAGCUCAUCCUCACUUUCUGUGCCCAAUGGGACUGCUGCCACCUGCCUCUCAGGCUCCUUAUGGGGUUGGAAACAGAAUCAUGUUAUCUGCAACCUAAUGCUUUCGGGGUCAAGACCUUGGUUCGUGAAGAUGGUCUUUUACUGGGCGUUGCGUACAGACUUGUGGUUCUGAUCAAGUCCCAAACACGUUAGAAAAAUCUUCACACACUGCGACCCAGUUGUGGGCCUGAGUCCUCCAGUCACUCUGCCUUUGAGGGUCUGAGCUGCUGGGAAGUUACUAUGCAGCUUGGACUGUGCACAGUGGUGGUUUUUCUGAGCUUGGCGGAUCUUGCAGACAGCAGCAGCAGCAGCAACAACAGCAAAGCACUGAAGGGCAAGAGGCAAAGACGAAUCAGCACUGAGAUGACUCAAGGCUGUGCGAAGGGAUGUGACCUGUGCUCUGAGUUCAACGGGUGCCUCAAAUGCUCCCCCAAACUCUUCAUCCUUCUGGAGAGGAACGACAUUCGCCAAAUUGGUAUCUGCCUGCCCUCUUGCCCACCGGGCUACUUUGAUGUGCGGAACCCAGACAUGAACAAGUGCAUGAAAUGCAAAAUCGACAACUGUGAGGACUGUUUCAGCCGAAACUUUUGCACAAAGUGCAAGGAAGGCCUGUACUUGCACAAAGGAAGAUGUUACGCCACCUGCCCUGAGGGUUACUCUGCUGCCAACGGCACCAUGGAAUGCAGCAGUCCUGCACAAUGUGAAAUGAGCGAGUGGGGUCCAUGGGGCCCUUGCUCCAAGAAAAAGAAGCUCUGCGGCUUCCGGAGAGGCAACGAGGAGCGCUCUCGGAAGGUCCUUCAGGCGCCCUCCUUGGGGGACGUGUUCGUGUGCCCAGCCACCACCGAGCUCCGGAGAUGCACAGUGCAGAAGAACCAGUGCCCAGAAGGACGGAAAAAGAAAAAGGAAGAGCAAGGAAAGCGAGACAACGCGAAUGAGGACAGAAGCCGGAAAGAUGUCAAGGACGGCCGGUCUGGUGUCAGGAGAAGGAAAGGCCAGCCCAGGGGAACAGUUGUGCCUGUGACCUCUGCUCUGUAGCUGUCCCUCCACAGCUGUGCGAUGACAAACCUCCAUUGCUGCUAUGUAUAUGAAAGCUUUAUUGAACCAGAACACUGCACCACGAUGACGUAAGACAUGGCUGGACAGACGGAAGGAUCCUUCUAUGGGCAAAACGUACAAAAAUGCAGACCCACCUAUAUCUGGCGUAGUGUAUCAGAAACAUGGAGAUUCCUCGUGGUUCCUUAGCAAGGGGACUGUCUCAACAAGGUGCUCUUGACCAGAGUGCCCAGGACUUGAUGUUGGGAAGGUGAGAGGGAAAAAGGCACGUGCUUUAAGUAGGGCUGCUGAGCAAACAUCUCCAGCUGAAGUCACUAUGGACAGACGGCAUCAGAGGAGACAGUUCCCAAUGCCAAGGACAAGACUGGAAUGAGUUUGCUCAAAAUCUGGAAAUGCACAAAGGCUGCUUUCAAGUACUCUCCAUUGUGUUUCAACCUGUAUCACUGAGAAUAUGUGUUUCAUAUCUGUGAUGAACGUCCAGGGCUCUUUGCCCUGAUACUGCUUCAAAAUUUCAGAUUAAAAAACCCCAAAA